UUUGUUUUACAUAUACUUUUUAUUUUUAGAAAUUAUAUAAUUAAUAUAAAUUUAUUAUGAAUUAAUAAAUAUAUUUUUUAUAGUUAUUGUAAAAUAAAUUGAUUUGUUUCGAAUCAACAAUCUAAUUUUGCGUUCCUCGAUUAACCAGAACAUCGAUAAUUUAUCGAUCUUAAAUGAUAAUAACUUUCCUAAAAGCAUAAUUUAUUGAUACAACGAAAUUAGAAAUAGAUUCAAACUUCAAAUAAUAUAUGGAUAGGUAAUGGUAUUUAAUUACAAUCCAAGAAAAUAAUUUACAUAUUGAAUAGGCUAUUCAUAAUAACAACUAUUUUGGUUUUAAAUUUGGAAAAUCGAAGAUCGUAUGCGUUAAUACUGAUGAGAUUGCGAUAGUUAUCGAACUAGUUUAACUGCAUCAAUCAUUUCGAUUUUCUAACGAGUUUCUCGAACGUUCGAAGAAUGCGUCCUAUCGAUCUCUUUGUGAGAUUUGACAGACAAUAAAGAUCGAUCGAUGUUACAUACAUUAAUCAUUUAAUUAAUUUAUUUAAUUGAUUGAAUACUAUUUGGAAUAUUAAAAUGAAUGAAACUUAUUAAUUAUAUAUACUUUACAUUUAAAAAUUCAAGAAAUUUCGAUCAUACAAAAAUUAAUGGUUAUAAAAUAAAUAAUAUAUAUAUAAUUAUAAAUUUAAAAAAAGAUUACAGAAUGUUUGUCACGUGCUUUAACCUGACAAACGAUGUACGACGACCGAGCAACAAGAACGAUUGAAUGGCGUAUGUGUGAUAAUGUUCUCUCACAAUGUAUGCUAUUGAAUUGCACGCUAUUAAAAUCAUGAAUACUUUACAUCUACAUUUAAAAACUCUGAGAAACUCUGCAUCAAAUCGAAGUUCAGAACACAGUUUCGACAAUUAUGCUAUAUAUAUAUACAUAAAAUACUUGUUUGUUUUUUUAUUGCCACACCUUCCGUUCACAUUUUCUUUCUAUAUGUUCAUAACAGAAAUUAUACAAUUCAAUAUGAAAUAUAUUCGCUUCCUAACAUAUUUUGAUUAAUAUACGAUUCUCAAUCAAUCAAUCAGUACAUUCAUUUUUUUUCAUCAAAUCAAAUAUGAAAAAAGAUAUUAAAUAUUAUUACAUUUAUAUUGUAAAAACGAAAAAUAUCCGAGAAUAUAUUAAUUUAUUUUUUUCAAUCAGUUUUAAUUCUGUCAGUGUCACAUUCGUAAAUUUUUAUCGAUCAUUACAGUUACCAGGUAUUUUUCCUUCGAUACAAUACUAACAAUUCGCUUUAUCGAUUAACCUCUAUCGAUCAAUGAGUUGACCGUAUUCCGUGAUAUAACCAUGCACGACAAUUGUUGAAGAAAUCUGAUCAUCGAAGAAACGAAAAGAAGAGAAAGAAAUUGAUCUUCGUCUGAGAUAAAAUUUGUAAUACAGCUAUUGUUUUGUUUUUGAAUUUAAUUUUAAAAUCUCAAUUAUUAUGUUUUUCAAUAAUUUCUCAUCCUAUUCAACUUUGUUUAUCUUCAUCCUUUAUAUUUUGCAAAUCACAUUGAUCACAUAUUAAGAGAAAUUUUUUAAUUUUUAAGAGAAAUUGAUAUAUUUCAAUAUCUUAAAUGAUAGAUCAUAUUUAUAAUUCAAUAUUAUAUUCAAAUAUCAAUUGUAAUAUAAUAUCUAAUAUAGUAAUUAAUAAAUAUAUAUAUAUAUUAUAAUAUAAAGAUAAAGAUAAAAUUCAAUUAUGAAUAUAAUAUAGUAUUUUUAAGAACUUUUAUAUUUUUUGAUAUCUUUUAUUUUCAUUAAGAAAUUAUUAAAGCGAUGAAUUUUAAUGCAUACAAAUAAUAUCUUUUCGUUCUAUUAUAUACAUAUUAAAUUAAUAUAUAAUAAAAGUAGAAAAAGAAAUUAAAGAAAGAAAUUAAAAAACAAUAAUAUAUUUUACAAAAAAAAUUAAUAUGAUUUAUGCAGAAUGUUUCCGAAAGUACAGUACAAGAGUUCAAAAUAAUUCUAUGCAAAAAUAUAUCGAAAAAAAUAAAUGAAAAUUUUUUUGUUUAAAAAUUCAUUUUCAAAUAUCAAAAAUUAAGUUUGAAAAAAUUUUAAAUAUAAAUGAAAUUAGCUUGAUUGAAUACAAAUAAAUUAUCGAUAAGUGAUCUAGUCUGCAUAUAGAAAUAAACAAAAAAUAUAAAAUAAAAUUUUAUUGUCUUAUAUCUUUAUUUUUCGAAAAAAUCAAAUAUUUAGAAUUAAAGAGUAUAAUCGACGAAUUUUCAAAUUUUCAAUUUUCUUGAAGACUAAUUUUUAAACGAAAAAAUUUAUUUUAUUUUUUAUGUAUUAUACUUAUUUUUAUAUGUAGAAUUGUCUCCUAUCGAUAGUUUACUCGUAUCUAAUCAGAAAAUAGCUAAUUUCGUUUAUACUUGAAAGUUUUUCAAACUUGAUUUAUUUAAAAACCGAACUUUAAACAAAAAAAUUUAUUCUUUUUUUUCGAUUUAUUUUUGUAUGCAGAAAUACUUCAUAAUUUGUAUCAUGAUUUUGGACACAUUCUUUAUAUUUUUUUUUUAACGUUAUUAUAAUUUAUACAUAAUUUUACAUAGAAAAUUUUAAAAUAUUAUCUAUUUCCAGAUAUUGUUUAAAUAAUCUAAACUAAAAAUACAAUUUCAAUUACUAUUUUUUUCCAAAAUACAAAUAAGAAACAAGAAAUUUUAAAAUAAUAUAAAUAUAAGAAUAAGAAACAGGAAGAGAACACAUAUAUUUAUGUGUACAAAUGAACAAGAUCGAGGGCAUCUCUAUACUAUUGCAACUGAACGAGGUCGAAUGACUGGAAAUUUCUGUGAAAAGUUUACAAGAUAUUGAUACCGUAUUUGGAAAUUAGAAAAAUCUAAUAUAUCAAUUUUAUUUUUUUCUAUUUUUUAUUUUUUAAUUCUCAUCAAGAGAAAUAAGUCUCAAUAUGUAAAAUAUAUACAUAUUUUUUUCAAGCGAUCUUGUUUGACAAUUGUAAUAAAUCAUAAUUAAAAUGAAUAAAUAAAUUCAACUUUCAAUUGCAAUGAAGAAUUUUGGCAAUUGCAAUGAAGAAAAAAUGAAAAUUAAAAUAAAAAAUGAAUGCAACAUUAAUUAAUUUCUAAAAAAUUGGGCGAGAUUGUUAAACCAAAUAUAUCGAUCUGAUAAAUUGUAUAAAUGCAAAAAAAAAACAGAUUAUUUUAGAUAUAUGUCGCAUUUUCAAUCUGCGUCAAAUUCAUAUGAGAAGCCGCGAAACGACGUGUGACUACAUCGCGUUGACGCGUCUGGAUAGAAAAAAGAAAAAGCGAAAAAGAAAAAGAAAGAGAGGAUAAAGUUGGUCGAAGCGAAACGAGAUGCGACUUAUGGCGAAGAAAGAUAGGACGAACAGCAGUUACGCCUGGCGAGAUAUGGUAAAGAGAGGUGAGGUGAGGUGAAACGAGGCAGGAUAAAGCGCGACGAGACGAAACAUGGAACAGAUAGGUGAGAGGCAAGAGACGAAGUAACUGAGAGAAAGAAGGGUGAGAGGAAGUGCCGGGUCACCGCGCGUCCCCCACCAGUUACACGCGCCCCAAUAGAAGAGGCGGCGCUUACGACCACACCGGUCUCUAUAUAAAAGAGACAAACCCCCCGAUCUGAUUAGCAAAGUUUCAAACACACGUAAAAGUGCAUUUCACUCAUAUUUUAUACGAUUUAAGUUUACGGAUAAACAAAAAAAAUAAUAAAAAAUUUAUAAAACAGAUGUAAACUAUAUUUUCACGUGUUAAAUCGAAGAAAAACGUAUCAACACAGAAAAUCAAAUUGGUACCAAUAAUUAGCGAUAAAUGAAGAAUCAUCUAAAGAUAACUGAUAAAUUGGAGUGGUAAUAGAUCAGAAAAUUUAAAAAAAAUCGAAAUUGUAAAUGUGAGAAGUCGCAUAGAGACGCAUGCCACAAGCGCGGUAAAUGUAGCAGGAAUAGCGCGGCGAAUCAGGAACGUAGGAAACAUACAAAGCAAACAACAGGGAAACAACGGAUAAUACGGCACGACACGGCACGGUACUGUACGAACAACAGCAACACUAGAGAGCAGGAGGGUAGCUGUGGUGUCGCUGGUACCGCUUAGCAGUGGUGGUAGUUCGAGCUCGAGCUAACUAAGAAAUACGUUGAACCGUCCACGCGGCAUCAUUUAGACUUUAACCAUUCCCUGCGCAGUCUUGUAAGGGUGGUUUGUGUACACGUGGGAAAAGAAAGCGGAAAAAAAUAGCUUUUACGCGCGCGUUUCAUUUAUUUGAAAAAUAGAUUGCGUGGUCAUUUUCAAAAUCUUCAUUAUCGAAAAUUAUAUUUUCAUCAAAGUUGUAUCGAAUGAAACAUUAUUUAUUGCGCAUAGCAAAUACAACUGACUCGUGAUAUUAUUAAGGACACUGUAAACGAGAUUGCAAGUCACGAGAAAUUUCACAGAAAGGAAUAAAAUAGUUUGCACGACAAGAGAAGUUGCAAAGCAUCAAACCAGAAAAAGAGGUAGCAACGGGUAAAAAAGAAGAAAGUCAAUAGAAUUUCGAGAAUUUGGUUGCGAGUUGAAUGUGAAGAUUCACGUGACGCGAUCCAGUUCAACCAGGCGACAACACGCAGCACUGACACAACGCGAACAUUUUGAGGCGUGACGACAAAAUGUCCAAUUCCGAAAGGAGACAGAUGCAGAAAUGGCCUCUGUGCCUAGUACCUCUUUCAAGAACGAAGGAACGAACUGUUCUACCAAAAUACUAUACAAGAGUGCCUUCGGUCGCAAGAUCGUCGACGAACAGUUCAGGCAUCAAUCUAGAUUGUUCAUCGAAUACGACACUCGCAACAAUUGCGAGUCCGUUCAACAGUCAAACAGCCCUAAUCGCGGAGAAAAAAGUGAUUCCUUCUGGCAAUAUUGUCAUUGCUAACCAUUACUAUGCACAGAACUUAAGGAAUAAUCAUCAGAAGACUCUAAACGGGUCUCAUAUAUACGACCCUCUUGACAAGGGUUCUGAUCACGAUUACAAGCAAAUCGAUCCAUUAUUGGUCGGCGAACCUCCGUAUAUGGGGGUCGAAAACACCAAGCAAACUAUGAGUUCGCAAAAUAUAAAACCGGCCAAGGACUCGGACGAUGUUUUGCAUACACAGUUCAAAGAAGUAAAACGAUCACCUAUGCGCUAUACUAUGCAGCUGUUAGCUGCUCUAGCGGUGUCAAUGGCCUCUUUGAUGAUCGGUUACUCCUCUUCCUACACGUCUCCUGCUUUAGUUUCGAUGCGAGAUAACACGACGUCCACAUUCGAAGUAACAAUGGAUAUGGCUAUGUGGAUAGGAUCGAUCAUGCCACUGAGCGCACUUAUUGGAGGCAUAAUCGGUGGUCCAUGUAUUGAAUAUAUUGGUAGAAGAAAUACUAUUCUGAGCACUGCCUUACCGUUUCUUGCAGGCUGGUUAUUUAUCGCACUAGCAACAAAUGUUGCGAUGAUAUUGGUUGGCCGUAGUAUAUGCGGUUUCUGCGUCGGUGUCGCUUCUCUUUCCUUGCCAGUUUAUCUUGGAGAAUCUAUACAACCAGAAGUACGCGGCUCACUUGGUCUCUUACCAACUGUCUUUGGUAAUUCAGGGAUCUUAAUGUGCUUCACAGCAGGAAUGUAUCUAGCUUGGCGAAAUCUUGCAUUAGUAGGUGCCUGUGUACCGAUAAUAUUUUUGAUUCUGAUGUUCCUAAUUCCUGAAACGCCAAGAUGGUACAUUUCGAAAGGAAAAAUAAAAGAGGCACGAAAAUCGUUACAAUGGUUGCGGGGCAAGAAUGCCGAUAUUAGCGAGGAAUUAGAUUCCAUUCAAAAAAUGCAUAUCGAAAGUGAACGUAUCGCUACAGAGGGUGCUUUCACAGAACUUUUCAGGAAAAAUCAUAUAAAACCGGUUUUUAUUUCGCUUGGCCUAAUGUUCUUUCAACAGUUUUCAGGAAUCAAUGCGGUCAUAUUUUACACAGUUCAAAUUUUCAAGGACUCUGGAAGUACUGUAGACGAAAAUCUUUCCACCAUCAUCGUAGGUCUCGUAAAUUUCAUUUCAACGUUCGUUGCAGCAAUGAUCAUAGAUAGACUAGGUCGAAAAAUGUUACUCUACAUAAGUAGUAUACUGAUGUGUAUAACUCUAUUCACAUUCGGUACUUUUUUCUAUGUGAAAGAAUUAAUGGAUGUUACUGCAUUUGGUUGGAUUCCACUAAUGAGUCUGAUCGUUUAUGUGAUCGGAUUCUCAUUUGGUUUUGGUCCGAUCCCAUGGUUAAUGAUGGGCGAAAUUUUACCAGUUAAGAUACGUGGUACGGCUGCCAGUGUUGCAACGGCUUUCAAUUGGUCCUGUACAUUCGUCGUUACGAAAACUUACGAAGAUUUGGUUUUACAUAUCGGCCCAUAUGGAACUUUUUGGUUGUUCGGUACGCUCGUAGCAGUAGCAUUCAUUUUUGUAAUUAUUUGCGUACCAGAAACACGAGGACGAUCUCUCGAAGAAAUCGAAAGAAGAUUCGCUGGACCGGUGAGAAGAACGAGUGCGAUCGCCAACUUAAAACCGAUGCCAAUAACCAUUUAAUGCUGGUUAAUCGUUCCUAUCAUUUUCUCGCUUUAUAUCUUUUCUUUUUGAUAAUUAGUUAAUCAAUCUGUUCGAUCGAUGAUCAAUUAUGUUUCGUUUUAUCAAACGAACGAAUAUGUAUUAUAGUUCAUUCUGUCGAUCAAAACGAACAGAUUUAAUAAUAGUCUUCCGGAUCGUCUUUCUUUUCUUUUUCUUAAAUUUAAAUUUAAAUGCGCGCAAUUACUCUCUAUUAACUUCUUUUUCUCUGAUUCUCUCUUUAUUAGGAUCAUAUCGAUCUUUACUUACGUAAUAAUUGAUUAUAUUGAUCAUAGCAAUAAGCUUUUGAUCGACAAAAUUUGUAUUGUUGCGUCUUAUUUUAUUGAAAAGAAAAUUAAAGCAGAAGACGUGAUAAAUCAAAUAAAAAAGAAAAACUUACAAAACAAAACAAUAGAGUAAUAGAUCAGAGAACAAUAAAGAGAGUUUCGAUAUUCAAUUUUCUGUACUUAUGAGCUAUAUUUGUUUAUAAUUAGCGAUAUAAUCGCGAAUGCAAGCUCAACAAAGAAAAUGAUCCGUUGAUUAGAUAUUAUACGUAACCGUUACUUUUCUUCUUUCAUUUUAGGGUCUACCUCAAAUUAGUACUUUUAUUAAAGGUAUACGAAUAGGUUAACAGCAAGUACGAAUUAUUUAAUUAAUACACAUAAUUUGUGUGCAUAGAUUCGCUGAUAUAUAUGCUGAUAUGUUGUACUUAAGAAAAUACGUAUAACCAGCAUUUAAAGGAAAAAAACGAAUUUCUUCCUUUUAUACAGCAACGACAAUAAAAUUUUUACGCGACGUCGUAUAUAUGUAUAAUUUUUAUGCAUCUUUAUGGAUGUAACCGUCGCAUUUAUACAGUUACCGAUUUACGUCAAUGAACAACUGCAUCAUUAUCAACGAAUUAAAUCAUAAGAUAUACAUAUAGUUAAAAAAUAGAGAUAAAAAUAAUUGCGUUUAUUUUUCCAUUACCAAAAUUAAUGUAACUAAUUAGUAAAAAAAAAAAUAUAUAUAUAUAUAUAUAUGAUCAACAAACGAAGAGAACAUAUGCAUGAUCGCGCACCAUUCAUUGAUUCUCUUAUAUGUGAACUGUAUAUAUAUACACUUUAAGAAA